UCUUCCACAAGGACGCUUUGCAGAGGCGCCACACAUACCGUAGCCUAGCUCACGACGCAUGGCUUCGCGGUUCGAGGAGGGCGAGGGCCCGCCCCAGCCGCCCGAGUGCGCCAACUGCGGUGCGGUGGAGAACCUGCUGCGCUGCAGCCGCUGCCGCACGGAGUGGUUCUGCUCCCUGUCCUGCCACAAGUCAUACUGGCCUUUUCACCGGCAGCACUGUCGCCGGAACGAGUUCGCUGACGCGGUGGAGGAGGGCGGCGGCGACGCGCGCUUCGCGGCCUGGCUGCGGCGACACGGCAAGCAGGCAGUCAUUGGAGACGCUGAGGUGGACCGGUUGGAGCGGGCGGGCCGGGCGGUGCUGGGCCCGGGGCGGGAGGAGGUCAUGGACGGCAUGUACGGCAGGCUGGAGCCCAGGCCGCAGCCGCCCAAGUACUCCCUGGAAGAGCGGCAGCGGGUGGCGGAGCGCGAGCGGCGUGAGGCCCGGCAGGCUCGGCUGAUGAGUCGCCAGGACGCGGCGUGGGCGGCGGCGGUGCAGACCAUUGCGCCCGGUAUGGGCAUGGAGUGCAGCAGGUACUCCUGGACACAGAACCAGUCGCACGUGUACGUGUACGCCCGCCUACUGGAGCGGGGCGACAGCUGGGGCGGCGGCGGCGGCGGCGCCUCCCGCCUGCGUGUGCACCUCACACCCGAGCGGCUCUCCGUGUCGCUUGUGCACGCCGGCGGUGGCGGCGGUGGCGGCAGCAAAAUGCCUGGUAGCCAGCCGUUGCCACUUCCGGCGGCGGCAGGCGGUGACGGCGGCGCUGGCGGUCCCCGGACAGGUCCCCUGGCUGAGGCCGGCUCCUUCCGGGACGACGAGGAUGAUGAGCGGGUGGAGGAGGAGGAGGCGGAGGUACUGUUUGGCGGGCGGCUGUUUGCGGCGGUCAAGGCGGAGCUGAGCACCUGGUUCGUGGACGACGGGGUGUUGACGGUGAGCCUGCUGAAGCGCUGCCGCCGCGGGCACUACGCCACCGGCACCACCAACGCCAACACGUGGUGGCGCAGUGUGUGGGCGGCUGCCGACUGCCCGCCCGGCGAGGCCCUGACGCAGGCACACCCGCCCACCACCUACUACUGGUCGGAGUAUGAGGAGGCAGACCUGCCGGAGGAGGGGCACCUGCCCCCGGCCCUGCCGUCACCACCGGCGCCGGCGACGUGGUACCAGAAGCGGCAGCAGCACCGCCCCGCUGCAGCGGCACUGCCGGCGCAGAUGCUCAGUGAGCAGCAGCAUAUGGACGUGGAGAUGGAGGCAGCGGCUGAGGCAGAGCAGAAGGCAGCGUCGCGGUGGCGCGGCGGGAAGCCGGUCGGGCGAGGUCAGGGAAAGCUGGAGCCCAGCCACGUCGUGACUGCCCUGGCGGCUGGGGGUGCAGACGGCUAGGCGGUUGAGUGAGUGAUCAAAGCCCAGAUGGGAGGCCAGGUGGCAGGGAGUAGCAGAACCCCUGGGUGCGUGGCUAAGAAAGGGCGACUCAGUGCCCCACAGUUAACCCCCACGUCUCGCAAGGUAGGAUGGUGAGGAAGGAGGCUCACGUGUUCUACUACAGUGUCCUGUUCUCGUGGAGACGAUUACAUCGCCUGGGAGAACCUAGGGGAGGGGACCGCCCUCAGCAGUGGCUUGAAAGUAAAAGCAUGCGCGAAGUGAUGAGCCUGCCAUGUUAGCCGCACUACUCAAGUCCGUAUGGGAGCACAUGGGAGCAUAGGAACAUGAUUGUACCCCUUGCAAGGGGUUAGGACGCUAUUUCCAUUUGUGGCGCUGCUGGGCCGUUGGGAGGGUGGGCAGCUGUGUGUGUGGGGGGGGGGGGGCGGCACGGGGGAAGGGGAAGUUAUGCCACUGCGGCGCCGCAGCCGGCGGCAUGCGUGCCGCAUCAGGGCCGCUGCCGAUGCCAUCAGGUAUCUGUGACGCCGACAUUCUCGUAACUGCACCACUUGUGCACUAUGCCAACGUCCAUCACCCGGUGACAGGCCAGCGCUAGCAACACGGUGAUGGGGUUUGAACUGCGACUUUACCGGGGACAGGCUCUAGCGCUAUGCAGGAGCCUCAGUCGCGAUUCUUCAGUUCUUGUCUAAUAAUGUAUCAUGCGGCAGGCUGGGGGGCGGAAUGCCCGAAGUCAUUGAGGACCACGCGACUCGGGUGCAGCUGGGACGCAAACGAGCUAGUUGCUGGCAUCGCGGCCCGAGUGGUCCGUCCGAGUGACACCCCGCGACUCUAGGUUCCGCCGCGACUCUAGGUUUCGCCGUGCUGGGCGGAAAGGGGUUUGCCGAGGUGAGUGCAUUUUGAAGUUUAGCUUGCCUGCUGGCAAACGCAUAUCAUAUCAUGCGACUGUAUACCAUUGGAGCAACCCUACCUACAUUCUUUCAGCUGUAGUGCAUCGCACCGCGAGCUCGCGGACUCUAGACCGAGGCAAGUGAAACUACUAGCGUCUGGGUUGUGCGGGCCGCGCUGUACAGCUGUCCAUGCACUCAGUGCUGGAACCGUUUGAACGGGUAGAGGUUGAAGAAGGUAGCCGCAGAAGGAAAUCCG